AUUAUCAGAAGUCAGUGCUAGUGCCGCCGCCCUGCCCACCCGCCACACCGCCCUACCAGAGGCUAACAAAAGCGCUGCAGUGCGAUCCAAGAUGCGGACACGAGGUAACUAUCGGCCGACGCAUUGGUCUUUACAGAUUUUGCGGCGACAUUGGGCGUGGCAAUUUUUCCAAAGUCAAAUUAGCUGUUCACCAGUUAACCCGAGACAAAGUGGCUAUCAAAGUAGUUGACCGUGGAGGCUUGGAUGCGAAAGCUCUGCGUAUGCUGUCCAGUGAAAUUGCAACACUCGAAUGUGUGCAUCAUCCCAAUAUUUUAAGACUCUUCGAAGUGGUGGAGACACUGGGACGUGUGUAUCUGGUCACAGAGUGGAUACGCGGAGGCGAACUCUACAAUCACAUCACCCAGGGUGGUCCGCUGCGGGAGAUACACGCUGCGCCUUUGUACAAGCAGCUGUUGUUGGCCGUAAAACACAUGCAUAGCUUGGGCUUUGUACAUCGCGAUAUUAAGGCUGAAAAUGUGCUACUGCUGUCAGAGGAUCGCUUGAAGUUGGCCGAUUUUGGCUUUAGCACACAACUUAUCAAUGGUGCCAAUCAGAAACUGGACACGUUCUGUGGCUCGCCGCCUUAUGCAGCGCCGGAACUCUUUUCGGAUGAUCAUUACAUUGGUGCGCCAGUGGAUAUUUGGGCUCUCGGCAUAUUGCUCUACUUUAUGGUUGUCGGUAAUAUGCCAUUUCGAGCGCCUACAAUACCUGGAUUGAAAGCGGCUAUAUUGAAGGGUGACUACCUGCUGCCUGGACAAUUAAGUCUGCCAUGCAUAAGACUUAUACAACGCAUUCUCAUUCACAUCCCUGCUCGUCGACCAACCAUCGAUGAUAUGCUCAACAGUCAAUUUGUUUGCUAUCCAAAACUCAGCGCCGAACUUAUGCAAUACGAGAUAAACUUGCGUACGAAGCCCGUGAAGCGUUCCGGUUUCUGGGUGCGCUCGAAAUCCAGACGCAUGCGCAAAUCGUAUUCACUGCGCGAACGUUACAUGGAGGUGACCAAUAAGCCGCCCAUCAACAUGAAUACCCGCAAGAACGACGGUGUAUUCGUAGAUAAUUUCUUGCAUCCGAUAGAAAUCAAUCGGGAUCUGCCAAACGAACUCAACAAGGAGCCAUCGAAGCCAAACACACCAAAGCGUUCGUUCUUCUGCGGCACGCUAAAAAAGAAAGUCAGCCCCAUGGAGAUCGAAAAAGAAAGGCAGUUUGCCAAUGGAAAUGGCUGUGAGAAUCGGCAAUGGAAUGUGGAUGUGGCCAUCGACUGUCCGCUUUUCAAGAAUUACGAUGUUGAGACCGGAGAGCUCAUUAUGCUGCCAACCGACACCGAUGAUUUGACAUUGGUGAAGCCACUGGAGUAUGAAGCGCGUCAGCUGCUGGACGAGCUGGGCAUCAGCUCGGAAAUGCUACGUGCGGCGUUACAAAAUGGUCCACGCAGCGAUAUAAUUGGGGCGUAUCGCAUUGUAGUGAAUCGGCUGCAGAAGCAGUCGUGGCUGGCGCGGAAGCAUGUCGAGCUGGCGCUGCAAGAAAUGCCAAAGAUUGAGAAAAAGAUGGAACGCUCGUGUUGCAUACUCUAAGGCGUGUAAUAUGGAAGCGUACCUGGCUGUUUUCUCACUUCCACUACCAAAUACACACCAUUCUUAAUACUCCAUUUACCCAUACAACAUUUCAACAACCAACUGUCUUUCUCUGUGUCUGUGUCUGAAUUUCUGUCUCCACAACUCUUUAAAAACUACUCCAAACUUAUGCAUAAAUAUGUGUGACUCUGUCUAUCUACGUAAAUAAGUAGUUGUGUUUAUUAAUGGAAAGUGACUAAAUUCAUUGACAGAUGUACUAAGUGAAGUUACAAUACAUUUACAAGUAGUUAGAGAUGUGUAAGUGUAGUGGUUUUGAUCUCUGAUCUUGAAGAAGAAGACUACUCAAGAAUUUUAUUAUGUCUGCAUGAAAUCGUUAGAAACGAAAAUACUUAUAUGUAUGUGUAAUGCGUCGUUAGUCGAAUUUUAUAGUUGUAGUUGUAAUGUAAUUAAUAAUAGUGAAAUGGUUAAUUAACCGUUAGCUGAAUAUGUUCGCUCCACAUAAACUUCAAGAAGCGGAUAUUCUAUGUAAUCAGUUAUGUACCAAAAAAAAAAAAACAAAAACCAAAACCAGAACCAAAACCAAGGCAAAGACAAAGACAAAAACGAAAACGAAAAAAAAAUACAUACAUAUAUGUAUGUACAUAUGUUUAUUAUUAUUAGACACACGCGAAUGUGUUUACGUUUAAUAAGUGUUAUAUUUUGUAAUUUUAUAAUUUCGAAAAUUGUAGUAUUAAAAGACAAAGAACGCUGUAUUUUAGUUCUGAACUGUGACAAAUGUAUCUAAUUAAACUAGAAAUAAAAUAAUUUUAUCACAUUGUCGGUCCAUUUUAACUCACAAAUUUGCGCCGAAGUGGAAAACAAUAAAAAAAGCUGCGAAAAAUAAACAAACAAAACAACAGCGAGGAAAGCAGCAUGGACUUUGCACUCCCAUGGAGUCAUUUACAUACAUACAUACAUACAUACAUACAUACAUACAUAUAAACAUAGACGCAAACAUGAGAUACAUGGAAAAUAUCUUUAUAGAUAUAUAUAUUAUUUUUUAAUAAGUUUCGAUUUGAUUUAAUGCGAUGACGAAUGUAAUUGACUAAGUCAAAUAAAUAAAUAAAUAAAUAAUGAAAAUUCGGA